UGAGGGAGGUGCAGGAGGAGAAAGACGCCCUUUAAAACGCAGAACAAAACUUUUGUUGUAUCUCAUUCUGGAGGAAACACACACGUGCAGAAGUCUGGGCUAUGGCUUCCACCACUUCAGCUGAUGUUCUGCCUACAGGCACCAGGAUUUUCACCACAUUUCCUGACAUCUUCUUCAUCCCUGAGUUUGUCUUCGGGGGUUUGGUCUGGAUCCUGGUGGCAUCAACUUACAUUGACCCACCAAACCCUCUGGGCUGGGUGAUGUUUGUGUCCAUCUUCUGCUUCAUCGGGACAACUCUGUGGUUCUUCAUCUUCCUCUGUGGAGGAAAUCAGAGCAGCAUCUGGCCUGGCUUGGAUGCCGGUUUCCAUCAUGUAGCGGUGGUUUUCUAUCUCAGUGCAUCUGUGAUCUUGGCGUACAUCACCUUCACUAAUGUACAGAAGGACAUUAAAAUCUACAGACUGGAUAUUGCUGCAGUGGUUAUGUCACAUGUGUCCACGCUUCUCUACUUCCUGCACUCCAUUUUUUCUGCCAUUCGAUGGAGGAGAUCUUAAAAAACAGCAACCAUGUGAAUGAUAACUGUCUCUGAUCUGAACACAUUUGUUUCUCUUCUUUUUGGGGUUUAUUUUGUGCUAUUCGCUACAAUAGUGAAUGAGUGAAAAACAGAUGUCCUUGUAACUUAUGACAUCAUCUGGGAUUUCUUGAUGAAGUUGAUGACGAUCAGAGAAAAUUAAGAGAUUAAAAAAAGUAUUAAAUGAAAUCCCAAAAAUAACUCACUUUGAAGAAAAAAGCUUCACACACAGAAAAUCUCAUUUUCUUUUUACCUUAUCACCGUAUUAGGUGUUUAGAUCUGAGGCGGAGAACAGUUUCUGCAAGCCUGGCUUGCUUUUAGCACCCUCUAGUGUCCAUUUUAAUUCACGGUCAAAAAAAUUAAACUGAAACUUUUCUCCUCA